UGAGCGUGGGACUGUUAUCACUAAUAUACAUGGCCUCAGCUAUUUUUCUCUUUUUAAAGUGGUGAACAUUAUCUAUUAAAAUACUGAAGUCCUUUUGUUCAGCCAGUGGGUGAUUUUCAGUGAUCCUUAUCGCGCUUUUAAUGAUUUAUCAUUUUUUCAAUUAACCUCCUCGCUGUUUCAUCAAUGUAUGUAGCAUCGCACAAUUCCACCAGACAAGUAUAUUUGUACACAACACUAUGUUUGUGUUCAUCCUUGGUUUUAUCUUUCACAGAAAAUAGCGAAGAUAACUUUCGACAUUGAUAAGCAAUAAAUGGCUUGACAUUGGCAGAAAAACUUGUUAAAAUGUUUCGCUUGGCUAUUUUCGCUGCAAUGUUAACGGUGGUGUUAUCUACAGCGUAUUUGGGGCCCAAGACUUUGAUAUCGAGAAAUUACCCCAAUUAUCGCAUUGGCGAGAAAAAUGGAAAUCAUGUGUACAUCGUCAAUUCUGGCAACCCUGGCUAUAAGAUAGUACAAGGUUUAAAUGGCGAUCCGGGAACUAUCAGUUUCCAAUCAUUGAACGAUCCUAGUGCUUAUUUACGACAUCGUGGAUUUCUUGCAUACGUGGACAAGAAUGAUAAUACUCAACUCUUUAAAGACGAUGCUUCAUUUGUUAUUAUCAUGAACAAAUACUUUAAUGGAUACGCAGCGUUUCAAUCUUCCAACUAUCCAAAUAGAUACUUACGUCAUCAAGGAUAUCGUAUCAAGCUUCAUACUGAUGACGGGUCAGUUCUUUUCAAGAACGACGCAAGUUUCAAAAUAGAAACAAUGGCUGUGGCUACCACGUAUUUGGGGCCUAAAACAUUGACAUCAAAGAAUUAUCCAAGUUAUCGCAUCGGCGAGAAGAAUGGAAAUCAUGUGUACAUCGUUAAUUCUGGAAACCCUGGGUAUAAGAUAGUACAAGGUUUGAAUGGCAAGCCGGGAACUGUUAGUUUCCAAUCAUUGUCCGAUCCUAGUGCUUAUUUACGACAUCGUGGAUUUCUUGCAUACGUGGACAAGAAUGAUAAUACUCAACUCUUCAAAGACGAUGCUUCAUUUGUUAUUAUCAUGAACAAAUACUUUAAUGGAUACGCAGCGUUUCAAUCUUCCAACUAUCCAAGUAGAUACUUACGUCAUCAAGGAUAUCGUAUAAAACUUCAUGAAGAUGAUGGUUCACUUCUUUUCAAGAACGAUGCCAGUUUUAAAAUAUCCAAAAUGCGUGUUGCUAUAAAGUACGAAGCAAAAGCGAUAAUACCAUACAAGUAUCCCGCCUUUGGCGUUGGAGUUUUUGGUGACUGGGGUCGCGUUUACGCCUUAAGAGGACAUAACCAUGGCUUUCGUAUUGUCAAAGGAAUCAACAGAAAACCUGGCACAAUAUCUUUCCAGUCUUUAACAGCCCCUUCUUCAUACUUACAACACAAAGGAAGUUCUGUGUAUGUGCGCCAAAGAUCUCGAAGUCGAUACUAUGUCAACAGUGCGUCGUUUUACCUCAUCAAAGACAAAUUCUUCAAAGGUUUUGCAGUUUUCGAAUCAAGUACGCGCCCCGGUUAUUAUCUUCAACUUCGUGGUCGUCGCAUGAUGUUUCGUAAAUAUAACGGAAGUCGCGGUGCUAGGGAGCAAUCCAGCUUUCGUUUUUCUACUAGUUUUAAUUAAACUCUGAUGGUUUGAUACGCAAGUUUUUUAUUACGGAAUUUUGUGGCGUGGUUUGGUAAUGAAACCUUACCAAUUUAGAUUGUAAAUUUGUUUUUGUAGUUUCUUUCAAUAUAAAUGGCAAAUACAGUGUUCAUUUUCGAUAUGAAAUAAAUUGGAAUUGAGAUUAUAGCGAUAAAUUCAUAUGAUACACUUCCACUCACUGGUCGGUAAUGCCGAUGGCGGCCUUUGGAUGAAGGGCCGCCAACCUUGCAUAAAUAAUAAUUUAUGCAAGGUUUUGACCUUAGAAUGAACUUUACAAUACAAUGAAACAACAUGUUGGUAAUUUUUCUACCUUUCGCGUCUAUAAGCACGAUGGGGUUAAAAAUUUCGUUUAAUGAGACAGUUGUCAACUUGUGAUUUUAAACCAUUCACCGUUUCUCCUUCAUAAUGAUCGCACUCUACUGUGACACACAGCUAUUUUUUAACAAACCAGAAUCUGAAUUUUCCUGCACUACGUUUUA